AUGGCAACUUAUGAAGAGUUUAUUCAACAAAAUGAAGAUAGAGAUGGCAUCAGGUUUACGUGGAACGUAUGGGCCUCAAGUAGAAUUGAAGCUACAAGGCUUGUUGUUCCUUUAGUUUGUCUUUACCAGCCAUUGAAGGAACGACCGGACCUACCUCCAAUUCAAUAUGAACCAGUAUUAUGCACACGUAAUACUUGUCGUGCAGUACUCAAUCCUAUGUGCCAAGUGGAUUACAGAGCCAAAUUGUGGGUCUGCAAUUUCUGUUUCCAAAGAAAUCCCUUUCCCCCACAAUAUGCUGCUAUAUCAGAACAACAUCAACCAGCUGAGCUCAUCCCAAACUUUUCCACCAUAGAGUACACCAUUACCAGAGCACAAAGCAUGCCACCCAUUUUUCUGCUUGUGGUUGAUACUUGCCUCGAUGAAGAAGAACUCGGAGCUCUUAAAGACUCCCUGCAAACUUCACUUAGUCUGAUGCCUCAAAAUGCUCUCGUUGGACUCAUUACAUUUGGCCGUAUGGUUCAAAUUCAUGAAUUGGGAACUGAAGGCAUAUACAAGUGCUAUGUUUUCAAGGGCACUAAAGAUUUGACAGCUAAACAAAUUCAAGAACAAUUAGCAAUAGGCCGAGUCAAUGCACCUAACCCUCAACAGAGACCUGGUACUGCCCCACCUCAGCCACCGGCACAUAGGUUCUUGCAACCAGUCAAACAGUGUGACAUGGCUCUGACAGAUUUAUUGAGUGAACUAGGUCGUGACCCAUGGCCAUUGGGUGUCGGAAAACGUCCUCUAAGAAGCAGUGGUGUUGCUCUAUCAUUAGCUGUCGGCAUGUUGGAGGUUACAUACCCCAAUACUGGUGCCAGAAUCAUGAUGUUCCUUGGAGGCCCAUGCUCUCAAGGCCCCGGUCAAGUUGUCAAUGACGAGUUGAAGCAACCCAUUCGUUCCCAUCACGACAUCCAUAAGGAUAAUGCAAAAUAUAUGAAGAAGGCUAUCAAACAUUAUGAAGCUUUGUCCCUUAGGGCUGCCACUAAUGGUCAUGCUAUUGAUAUUUACUCAUGCGCUCUAGACCAGACAGGAUUGAUGGAGAUGAAACAGUGUUGUAACUCUACAGGUGGACACAUGGUGAUGGGUGAUUCAUUCAAUUCGUCAUUGUUUAAGCAAACCUUCCAAAGAGUCUUUGCUAAGGAUCAGAAAGGAGAUUACAAAAUGGCAUUCAACGGAACAUUGGAAGUUAAAUGCAGCCGUGAACUAAAGAUAUCUGGUGCCAUCGGGUCAUGUGUUUCUCUGAAUGUCAAAGGCCCGUGUGUGUCCGAUCAGGAGGUCGGUAUGGGUAACACAUGCCAAUGGAAAAUGUGCACCUUCACACCCAGCACUACAAUGGCUAUCUUCUUUGAGGUGGUAAAUCAGCAUACAGCGCCCUUGCCAGCAGGUGGCCGAGGCUGUGUCCAGCUCAUCACACAAUACCAGCACUCCAGCGGACAGAGACGAGUCAGAGUCACCACCAUUGCUAGAAACUGGGGUGAUGCUGCCGUCAACCUUCAUCAUAUAUCAGCCGGUUUCGAUCAAGAAGCCGCCGCGGUGGUGAUGGCCCGUCUAGUGGUGUACCGCGCUGAACAAGAAGACGGACCGGAUGUACUGCGCUGGCUUGACCGGAUGUUGAUACGAUUGUGUCAGAAGUUCGGGGAGUAUGCUAAGGAUGAUCCUAACAGUUUCCGUCUGUCAGAGAACUUCAGCCUGUACCCUCAGUUCAUGUACCACCUCCGGAGAUCACAGUUCCUUCAAGUAUUCAAUAAUUCGCCUGAUGAAACUACUUUCUAUAGACACAUGUUAAUGCGUGAGGACCUGACCCAGUCCCUCAUCAUGAUCCAGCCCAUACUCUACUCCUACAGUUUCGGAGGUCCCCCAGAACCAGUUCUGUUGGACACUUCCUCCAUACAACCUGACAGGAUACUGCUUAUGGACACUUUCUUCCAGAUCUUGAUAUACCAUGGAGAGACGAUAGCUCAAUGGAGGGCGCUGCGAUACCAGGACAUGCCCGAGUAUGAGAGCUUCGCCCAGCUGUUGAGGGCUCCCGUAGAUGAUGCUCAGGACAUCUUGCAGAACAGAUUCCCCGUCCCUCGGUAUAUUGACACAGAACAUGGAGGUUCACAGGUUAGUCGGACUACUUGA